AUGAAGGAUCUUCCAAAAACUCCUCAACUCAUAUAUUAGACUGCUUCACCCCUUCAAACAGGAGUCAAAUUACUCCCAUUAAUGGGAAAUCAAGAGCAAAAAAGAAAUACAAUAAAAUUGAAGCAUUCAGUGACCCCAACAAAGAGAGAAUAGUGCUGUUAAAUACAAGUUAAAAGGUUUCAUGUUGUGACUUAAUUGAGAGAUUUAAUAAGGAUUGAAACAGCUCAAAUUCUAAAUCUAGGAUUAAUGAAAGUCUCAUUCCAAAAUAUGACUUAAAUCAACUAUUUGAUGAUCCCCCUUUAUUCGACAAAAAUUUCUUACGCCUCAAUGAGGAUAUUCCUAAGAAGGUGGUACCUUGGAAAGUAAUUAAAAUUGGACAUUCAAAAGAUUGAUGAUAAGGAGGACAUUGUCAAGAAAAUUGAUGAAAUCGCUCAUAAAUUUCCUUUCUACUAUGUAAAACUCAAAUAGAAAUAACUUGACCAGCUGAAAUAGGAUAAGUAAAAAGAGAUUGAGGAAGAAAAAUAAUCCUUACCUAAAAGACUUCGAACUUAAUUCCAGUAGGCUAGGAAACAAUUUGAUAUAAAAGGUGUGAAUAAUCCUAGAAAAACAUCAGAACUAAGAGAUUAUAAAAGUAAAAAGGUACAGUUCGGUCUCGGCUCAUCAAGCUUUAUAGAGGAAAUUGAACAAGAAUCUUAAGAUAAUAAAAAAGAGGAUAAUACUCCAAGUAACAAGAAUUUAAGUAACUAACCCACUCCAUAAUCUUCUCAUAUCAAUUUCAGUACUCACCUAAACUAUUAAAACACGCUAAACACUAUUAAAAAAGAGGAAUUAAUUAUAAUGGAAACAAUAAAUGAAGAGGUAAAUUAAAAUAAAGAAGAACUAACUGAGAAAAAUAAAUCUAGUAGCAAAGAUCAAGCGAGAAAUAGCUUCAAUAUCAAUGAGGAGGACAGUAUUAUGAACAAGGAUAUUCACUCAAACCUACUCUCAACAAGUGAAUUCAAUAUGAAUGGUGAAACAUUUUAGCCAAUAGAAUCUAUUGCCAUACCAUAAACUGCUAAAAAAGUAUCAGAUCUAAACAAAAAUAAUAAUAAUAAUGAUUUUGACAUAGAAAUUAAAAAGUUGCUUGAUAAAAGAAAAUCAAACCAUUUAAGAAUCAAAGACUAUUCAAGGCAGUCUAAUUUAUGGACCAGAUAGGUUAGUCCGAUGGCUCUUUUAAAGCAUAGGCCACAAACUAACAACAUUCUUAUGAGAGAUUAUAUAUAGGAAUAUCAGAGGUCAGUAUCAGUAGCGAAAUAAUCCUAAAAUUCUACAAGUAAAAAAGAAUCGCUCUUUUUUACUAGCACAAGAGAUAAAAAUAAGUCAAAUCUCUCUAUUAAAAUUGAUAACUCUGCUACUACUAGUCAAAUAUAUAUCAAGAAUAAAAUUUAAAAACCAAAUUAUAGUUCCUAUGCUGUCUCACCUUAGAAUUUAUCAUAGAUAAAACAGAUGGGUGAAGUAAAAAAACCAAGCUUCAUCAGAUAAAAAACCCCAUAUUCAACUCACGAUACCACUUUUUAUUAAAACUAUACAAAGUCAAAUACUGCUGAUAGCAGAAAGGACUAGCGAACAAAGAGGAAUCAUACACCAUUGUAGAGUUUUUGGAGAGAUUACGAGACACUGGUAAUAAUGGAAGACUUCAAUCGCCUUAAAAAUUAACUUAUGGGAUUCCGUUAGAAAAGACAGAGCUGUGCGUGA